AUGGAAGGUACCGCAAACUUGGUAGUGUAUCGCGACGGUGAGAUAAUACGUAAUACUCAUGAGGGAGUGAGGUUUGUGUGCCAGAAUCCGUUUUCGUUUGUAGUUCCAUGCACCAUGACGUUUAUGGAACUUCAGAACGGUCUCUGUCAAAGCAUGGAGAACGGUACGUUAAUGAGAGUGAGCAGAAUUCUGUACCGGAAUUCGGUUGUAGUUUUUGGUGGUCUAAUACAGUUUGAUACCAUGCCAAUCACUGACGAAGUGACUAUGCAUAAUAUGUUUCAAAUUCACCAGCAGACUCAGAUGCGACAGCCACAGAUUGAGCUGUAUGUUGAGUUUGAAACCAUAGAGGCGGAAGGGAUUCAAAAUGAUUUAGAGGUGGAGGAUGAUAGAGCUACAAUGUACGAGGGAAUGAAUAGUGACAGCAAAGAGGACUUCGAAGCCACUUAUGAAGCCGGCGACGAAGACGAGGAUGGUGAUGUGGGAGUUGAGACAGCAGCGGAUAAUGUAGUGGUUCAGCCCUCAAUCAGUCAACCGAUGAACGUGCCACAUUUUAUGCGUGAGUUGGAUCUCGACGCCAUGCAUGCACCGGAGUUUCCGGAAUAUUCAAACAUAGGCGUUGCUGAUCCCGAGGACGGAGAGUUUUGGAUUGGAAUGGAAUACAGUUCUAGAAAGUCGGUCGUGGCAGCAAUUAGAAGUUACACUAUCGCUAGAGGAGUUGACUACGACGUGUAUGAGUCUGAGCCACAGACGUUCUAUGCAAAAUGCAAGAUGUAUGGGCGUGGGUGCGACUGGCUUAUCCAAGCCAUCUUGAUACGGAAAAAAAGGUUGUUGGGAGAUAUGCAGAUACAACGGUAG